AGUAUUUGGUUAAUCCCUGUUGAUUGAGUUGUACUUUGUGUAAGGUUCACAACUUCCUUUCCGAUUGGAAAUCUCCUAGUGGCGUUGAUAACGUUAAUCGUAAGUUAACUAUAACGUUAAGAUGUCAGGAGGUUUAGACGUAUUAUCUCUGAAAGAGGAUGAUGUUACUAAAAUGUUAGCUGCAUUUACUCAUCUGGGUGCAGAAAAUGUCAACUUUCAGAUGGAGCAAUAUGUGUACAAAAAGAAGAACGACGGAGUUAGUAUCAUCAACCUCUGUCACACGUGGGAGAAAUUGCUGUUGGCUGCACGUGCCAUAGUUGCCAUUGAACAUCCCAGCGAAGUAUUCGUCAUCAGUUGCAGACAAACUGGCCAGAGAGCAGUUUUGAAAUUUGCUCAACACACUGGAGCUACACCUAUUGCUGGUCGUUUUACUCCUGGUGCCUUUACUAAUCAGAUUCAGUCUGCUUUCCGUGAGCCACGUCUGCUGAUUGUUACCGAUCCAUCCACUGAUCAUCAACCCAUCACAGAGGCCAGCUAUGUGAACAUUCCAGUGAUUGCUUUCUGUAAUACAGACUCUCCUCUUCGUUUCGUUGAUAUUGCAAUUCCUUGCAAUACAAAAAGUUUGCACUGCGUUGGUCUUAUGUGGUGGUUGUUAGCCAGAGAAGUCCUCAGACUGAGAGGUUCUAUUGCUCGCGAAAGUAAAUGGGAUGUAGUCGUCGAUCUGUUCUUCUAUAGGGAUCCAGAGGAGGCUGAGAAGGAAGAACAGGCAGCCAAAGAAAUCGCUCCAGCUAAAGAAUUUACAGGACCUGUUGAAGUUGCAGUUACUGCAGAACCUGGUUGGGUAAAUGAUAUAGAAACUGCAGGAACGGUGCCAACAGAAAACUGGGCCGACGAUGUUGCACCGCCAACUGCAGCUCCAGUUCCAGCUGCGGGUGCUGCACAAGCUUUCCCAGCAAGUGGAGAUUGGGCUGCACAGCCUUCUGAAGAAUGGACUGCACCAUCUGCUACAACUCAGAGUUGGGGAGGUGCUACACCUGAAAAGUGGUAAUUUUAUUCUCUUUAAGAGUUGAAUAUGACACACUUUGUACGACCAAUGUAAUAAAGUGAUUUAAAAUGUA